GCGCCCGUCUGCUCCCACCCGCCCCCGCGCGCACGCGCGCGCGCGCACACACGCUCUCUCCUCUCUCCCCUCCCCCUUCAGUCUGGCGCUGCUCCCAGCGGCCCCUGGCUUGGGAGUUGGGGCGCUGCGGUGCUCGCUCUUUUAAAGUUUUUCUCCAGCGUGGAGUUUACAGCUUUCAGAGAUCUGAGAGCCAUCUUCCCGCGCUGAACGAGAAGUCAGGUGGGGGACACACCUCCCAGUUCUGAAUAUAAUCGAGUGAAGAAUGAAGAGAAACAACCAUCAGAUGCAGCUAGAGAUUCUCAUGCUAAGUGAAGUAUGCUGACAUCCUAGUUGCUGGUACUUGUGAAACCUGUGUCCUAUGCAAGCUUGCAUCUGCAUCUUCCAUCUACACCCCAGCUCGCGGCAACGCGGGAUCCUUAACGCACGGAGGGAAGCCAGGGAUCGAACCUGAAUCCUCAUGGAUACUAGUUGGGUUCUUAACCCACUGAGCUGCAACAGGAACUCCAACUGCCCACUCUUUUUGGAAAGCAGAGGGAGGCAGCUGUUCCUCAUUCUUUCACGCACUUUCACGUUAUCAGUAUUCAGCCAACAAUUUCUUCCUGAGAAGGAACAGAACAAGUCUGUACAGCCACUCCUGCAAACAUAGUGAGAACGUCAGCGCGAAGACGGCGGCCGUGUUGGGUCAUGGCGCCCUCUGGUGGCCACUGUGGAAAAGAGCAGGACAUCACCGGGACCCAGCGAGAGCCUGGAGGACGGAGGAGAGCAUGCAGGUUUAUGUCCCCGACGUCUACAACUCGGUGGUGGAGGCGCUGACCCGUGGGAAGAGGCGCAGGUUCAUCGCUGUGGAGCAGGAGUACUUCCGGCUGUGGUGGGAUGGCUUCGCCUCGGCCAAGCGGAAACAACAGGUCCGCCAGCUCCUGGCUGAACAACGCCUGGAGUUUGUCCUUGGAGGCCAGGUCAUGCACGACGAGGCCGUGACCCACUUUGAUGACCAGAUCCUACAGCUCACAGAAGGACACGGGUUUCUCUAUGAAACCUUUGGGAUCCGGCCUCAGUUCUCCUGGCAGGUUGACCCCUUUGGCGCGUCUGCCACGACGCCCACCCUGUUGGCCCUGGCCGGCUUCAACGGCCACAUCAUCUCCCGGAUCGACUACGACCUGAAGGACGCCAUGCAGCACGCCCAGGGCCUGCAGUUCGUGUGGCGAGGGUCCAGGUCCCUGGAGGCGCGGCAGGAGAUCUUCACGCAUGUCCUGGACCAGUACAGCUACUGCUCGGACGGGUUUAUGUGGAACGGGUCUCCCAGGUUCCCGGAUCGGCCAUUCGAUAUGGAUUACUCCGCCGUGGAAAUGCCUGUCAGCCAGGACAGCAUGAAUCACUAUGUCCUCAACUUGGUGGACAAUGUGAACAAGCGGGCCGCCUGGUUCCGGACCCAGCACGUUCUCUGGCCCUGGGGAUGUGACAGGCAGUUUUUCAACGCCUCCCAACAAUUUGCCAACAUGGACCGUCUGAUGGACCACAUCAACAAGCACACGCCGGAGCUCGGCAUCUCCAUGCAGUACGCCACGCUGGCCGAGUACUUCCAGGCGGUGUUUGCUCAGGAUGUGUCAUGGCAGGUCCGCGACCACCGGGACUUCCUGCCCUAUUCCUCAGCCCCAGAGCAGACCUGGACUGGAUUCUACACAUCCCAGAGUGGACUUAAGCGGCUGGCUAGGCGAGCCAGCGCUCUGCUGUACGCCGGAGAGUCCCUGUUCACACGCUACAUGUUGUCGGCUGCCCGCCGGUUCCUGGACCCGGCCUGGGCCCUGACGCAGCUGCAGCAGCUCCGCUGGGCAGUCUCUGAGGUCCAGCACCACGAUGGCAUCACUGGGACUCACAUUCUCGCUGUGAGAGACAUGUUUGUGGAGCACCUGACCACAGGGAUGGCGGGCGUGCGGAAGCUGAUGGACUCCAUUGCUCAGGACAUGCCCCUCACCCACUCAGGCCCAGAGCCUGGGGGACACGUUGCCAUGGUCUACAACCCCCUGGCCUGGACAGUCACCACCGUCAUCACCUUGACUGUAAGCUUCCCUGAGGUCAGCGUCACAGACGAGUCAGGCCGCCCUGUGCUGGCCCAGGUCCAGGACUCAAAGGAGACACCAUCAGCUUAUGACCUGCACGUGCUGACCACAAUCCCAGGACUCAGUUACCAGCACUACAUCAUCAGGCCCAUCAGGAAGGCCCGGGAGGACUCUCAGGAGGCUGCUGCCACUGUCCCCAGCACCAUCCAGUUUGGCCUCAAACUCAGGAGACAGGAUGGACAAGUGGGCAGGAACCUGGUGCCAGUGAAGAAUGGCUGCUACACUGUGUUCCUGGACAAGGACACCAACCUGAUGCACAGCAUCUGGGAGAGGCAGAGUAACCGAACAGUACGUAUGAGCCAGGAGUUCCUGGCGUACUGCAGCGUGUAUGGGUACGAGGAAGCCGUCACUUCAGACAAUUACCUGUUUACACCGAAUGGUACCGCGGAGCCGGCCUGGGCAGCUGUGAGAAUGGAGGUCGUGGAGGGCCAGCUCCUGAGCGAGAUCCGGCAGUACUUCUACAGGCAGGCGAAUGACAGUGACCACACCUACGCCAUCUACUCCCGGCUGGCCCACGGGCCCCAGGACUCUGCCGGGGAGCUGCUCUGCCAUCGCAUAGAGCAGGAGUACCGGGUGGGCCCCUUGGAACUGAACCACGAGGUCGUCCUGAGGACCAGCACCAGUCUGAACACUGGGCUGGUCCUCUACUCGGACAACAACGGCUACCAGAUGCAGCGCCGAACCUACAGGCACGACAGGAACAACAGCGUCUCUCUGAACUACUACCCCAUGGCUCAGUCAGCCUUCAUCCAGGAUGGGGGAAGCAGGCUCGUGCUGCUGUCGGAGCAGGCGCAUGGCGUCUCCAGCCAAGGGAACGGGCAAGUGGAGGUCAUGCUCCAUCGGCGGCUGUGGAACAAACUCGAGUGGACCCUGCAGUACAACCUCACACAUGAUGUCACUUCAGUUGUCCGCCCGGUGCUCUGGCUCCUGCUGGGACCCCGGACACUCACCACUGGCCUGCGCCAGAGGAGCGGGCUGGAGUUGCAGCACAGGCCCGUGGUGCUGUUCAGAGAGCUGGGUGGGACUGUCCAGAAUGGCCCAGGCCCCCGGAAGCAAGAGCCUGUGACACUGCCCCCAAGCCUUCACCUGCAGAUCCUCAGCAUCCCUGGCUGGAAGUACAGUUCGAACCACACAGUGCACCUGAAGAAUCUCCAGAAAGGUCAUUAUAGAAGAGCCAAGGCAGACUUCCGCCGUGUCCUGCUGCGACUCCACCACCUGUAUGAGGCGGGGGAGCAUCAGGCGCUGUCUCGGCCGGUGACCCUGAAUCUGCAGUCGGUGCUGCGGGGGCUGGGCUCCGUGGUGGCGGUGGAGGAGCGCUCGCUCACGGGGACCUGGGACGUGAACAGCCUGCACCGCUGGAGCUGGAAGACGGAGGACGGCCACCACCACAGAGGUAGCUCCAGACGUCCCUUGCCACCCCUGAGAGGCCCCAACGUCACCAUCCACCCGAAGGAAAUCCGGACAUUCUUCAUUCACUUUCAAGAGCAGUGAGCCCUUGGCAGGUUCCGUGGCCCCAGGACCCAGAGGGCCGCCUGGGGGAUGAGGGGAACAGCUGCCACUCUGGUGGCAGCCCCAGGAAAUGGAUGGCUUGGGGGUGUUCGGGCUGCUUAAAUAAAAGAUGCACUAAUGA